CUGCGGCCCGGGAGGCGGGCGCGGUGGGAGCCGACGGCCGCGCGCUGCCCACCUGGGGCCGCAGACCCCGGGCCGCGCCCUGGUCCCCCGUCCCCCGCGGACACCCGUGAAGGGGCGGCCGCCAGGUGGACGCCCUGCCCUAGAGCCCGGGUGGGGUUGGGGAAGAGACGCGCAGAGCCCUGGAGACCCGGACGCUUGGGUUCCCCGGCGACCUGUCAACACUCCUCCCGGCAAAGGGCUGGUGGGACUCUGGGGUAGACACCUCGCAGUUGAUGCUGGAAGGAUGGGGGAGUGGUAGGAGGGUCACCGUCGACCAGAGCGUGAGCACUUCAUAAAUAUUUAAUGACAGUAUUAGUAUUAAUAAUGUCAUAAAACGGGCCCCAUGUGUCCUCCCGGGACAUUUACACCUGGCAAGGCCGAGGGAUCUCCAGAGUGGCUUCUAACCCACUUUAGCGCUGAGAUUGCCCCCUCGGCUGGGAUGGGAAAGCCUAAAACCUUUACAGAAUAGUCUCUGAGGCCGGGCAGAAGGAAAAAAAGCUUGUCAAGAAGCCUCGCUAGGCCAAACACAGGAAGCUCUAGCCGAGAUGGAGAAGCUGUAGCCUUUUUGCUCCAAUUCCUUGUUCGUAAAGUAGAUGAUGGUUGAUCCUCAGUCCCGUGUGUGUGUGUGUGUGUAUGUGUGUGUGUGUGUGUGUGUGUGUGUGUGUGUGUGUGUGUGUGUGUGUGUACCUCGUCCUGUCACUUUGGUGAUCUCCGACAGUCAACACUGACUGGCAAAAGGCGCUCUCUGGGUAUAGUGGCAUGUGAUGCGUUUUGAUUGAAGUUGGUGCUCAGGGUGAUAUUUCUGUGACCCGGGACCUCUUUACAUAUGUGCAUUAGAACUACAUUCAUUCCUUCAUUGAUUCUAUAAAAUAACCAGCAAGCGCCACACUAAGACAAAGCCCCACCUGUCCUGGAGUGAGCAAAUGGAUCAUAAACACAAAAACAAUCAAAUAAAAAUGGGGAGCUGGGCGGAGGGGGGGCGGGGAGCGCUGAUUUUCUCUUUUCUUCCUUGAGGCACUACCCGGCAACCAGGAAAAGUGAGGCUGUGGUGCACAGCUGUAACCCCAGCAGCGGGAGGAUCCAAGAUUCACACAGUGAGACUGUCUCAAAAACUAAACACCCAAACAAAAGCCCCAAACCAAACACCAACCUCAAUAAAUACAAAUCAGAAAGGGGGCACUGGCUAGAUGGUUCAGCAGGUGAAGACCUUCGCUGCCAAGGCUGCCACUGAGUGUUCGACCCCUGAACCUCACAUGGUAGCAGCAGAGAAGCUGUGGCGUGUGUGCACUGAGGCAUUCAGGCACUGGCGUACAUAGAUGUACAGACACAAACUAAGAAAUAUGUGUCAAAAAGAAGAUAAAACAGUAGCAACAGCAAAGGCAACAAAGAAGCCUGGUGGUGGCUCACACCUUUAGUCCCCUCAGUCCCAGCACUCAGGAGGCAGAGGCAGGCGGACCUCUAAGUUUGAGGCCAGCCUGGUCUGUGACGCCAGUUUCAGGACAGCCAGGGAUAUAUAGAGAGACCCUGUCUUAAAAAACAAAAACAAGCCGGGCGGUUGUGGCGCACGCCUUUAAUCCCAGCACUCGGGAGGCAGAGCCAGGCGGAUCUCUGUGAGUUCGAGGCCAGCCUGGGCUACCUAGUGAGUUCCAGGACAGGCGCAAAGCUACACAGAGAAACCCUGUCUCGAAAAACCAAAAAACCAAAAAAACAAAAACAAAACAAAAACAAAAACAAAACAAAACAAAACAAAAAAAACAAGCAAACAAUUCAAGGAAAGAAAGUCUGGAGAUACAGUAGAGAGUAUUGCAUCUGUUCAAAUCACAUACACACACUCAAAAGCACACACACACAUAGACACACUUGAACAUGCACACAUAUACACACCCUAAUAAGGAGAAAAUACAUAUCACAAAGUAGAAGAAAUUGGUGCUACGUGUAGCCCUUAAUGGUGCAGCACUUGCCUAGCAUGUACAAGGGUAAAUUCAAACCCAGGACUGAAAAUUUAAGAAAUAAGAAAGAAAAGAAACUUGUUCCCUAACGGUUAUCUGCUUCAAGGGAAAAAAAAAAAAAAAAAACAAAAAACCUGGAUGUGCUGGCACACACCUUUAAUCCCAGCACUGGAGAGGCAGAGGCAAGCUGACCUCUGUGAGUUCAAGGCCAGCCUGGUCUACAUAGUGAGUUCCAGGACAGCUAGGGCUAUGCAGAGAGACACUGUCUCCAAAGAGAGUGAGAGAGCAAGAGAGAGAGAGAGAGAGAGAGAGAGAGAGAGAGAGAGAGAGAGAGAGGAAAAGAAAAUAAAAAAAUCAUAUUUCCCCUCCAAGACUUAAUUACUAUGCCAUUACAACACUAAUACUUGGGCUGUAACUCAGUGGUAGAGCACAUGCUUAGCAUGCACGGGCCCUGGGUCCAACUUCCUGUCCCAUAAGUAAACAAGUAAAUAAAAUCAUAAUAGUAAUCAUUCACAUUUCAUAAUACUUUAUGAUUUGAAACAUUUUGUAUGCCUGCUUUAUUUCAGUUAAAAUAAUAGCAACAAUAGAACUGUGGUUGUAACUCAGUUGGGAUAGUUGCCUAGCGUACAUGGAACCCUGGGUUCCAGUCCUAAGGCCCCAUUAACUAAGUGCCCCUGUAACCCCAGCACUUGGACGGGGAGGCACGAGAACAGGAAGUUCAAGGUCAUCUUCAGCUACAUAGGGGGUUCCAGGCCAGCCUGGAAUACAUGCAACCUUGUCUCAACAACAAACUAAACAACAUAGAGUGUCUGCAUGCGAGGCCCUGGGGUAAAUGCCUUACAUAAAUGUUACCAAUUUAAAGUUGGACAUAAUAGCAGAGAGUGUAGCGGUUACAUGAUUACCCAAUCCAGAAACGUUACCAUGGGGGCUGGAGAGAUGCCCCACUAGUUGAGAGCACUUGCUGCUCUAACAGAGGACCCACUUUCCAUUCCCAGCAGCCAUAGGCAGCUCCCUACUGCUAAUAAAUCCAAAGUAGGAAAAUCCGUAGAGAGAGCAGGUAAGUGUUUCCACGGGCUGGGAGGGGCAGGGCCAGCGGCGUUUCUACCAUGGAUGUAAAAUUUCCUUUUAGGUCAUUCAGAAUGUUCUUGAACUAGAAGUGCCGAUGGUUGCACAGCAUCGUGAACGUUCAAAAUCCCAGCCCGCAGGAGUCAGAGACAAGUGGCUCUCUGAAGUUUUAGGCUAGCCUGGUCUACAUAGUGAGUUCCAGUCCAGCUAAGGCUACCUAGUGAGAAUCUCUCUCAAAAUAUAAAUAAAAUUAUUGAAGUGGGUAUUGGGGAUGCAGCUCAGUGAUGAGCACUGGCUAGAACACACCAAGCCUUGAGUUCAGUCCCCGGCAUCACAGAAAGGGAGGUGAAUGUUACAGUAAAAUUAUUAAACUGAUCGGUUCUCUGCCAUGUGAAUUUAUAUUUGUUGGCGCUGCUGCAACAAAAUAUCAUCAACCAGGUAGCUGCUGAACAAUAGAAGUUCACCGCUUGUAGUGCUGGAGGCCGGGAAGGCUGAGGUCAAGUUCUCUAGUGCACCUGUUUCCUCAGAGACAAGGGGCGUCUCUCUGGGAAGACUGCCUUCCUGAUCUCCUCGUCUCCUGGACACUCCCACCUCUUCCGUCUGUCACCUCGGGGUUUAAGAUUCCAGCAGAUGAACUGAGAGCGGAUGCAAACGUUCAGACCGUAGCAGAACUUUACCUCAGUGUGUGUAAGGCUUGUGGGGCUUCGGCUGUAGCUCAGUGGUAGGACACUUGAGUAGCAGACUCUCGGCCCUGGAUUCAGUCCCCAGGACGACAAAAGAAAACAAAAACCUUACAGGAGAAAAAAGUAAAGAAAGGAAAAGAAAAGUAAGGUAAGGGUAGGGAACAGUGCUCUGGGUUUCCUCAAGUGUGACGUGGUGACAAUAGCAGCCCCCGAUCCCCAGAGUCAAGAUGAGUAACAUGUCAGUUAGUGUCACAUAAAACACUUAUCCUACAGUAGAUACCCAAACUAAAUGUCAAUUACCUUUUCUCCUACACAAAUGUCUAACCUGUUUGCCUACUUAAAAAAAAAAAAUGGCUCCAGCCAGACAGCCUGUCCUCACAUGGGGUUCACCCACGCUUGCUUCCUGCACCUGGCGGGCCAUGCCACCGGUGGAAACAUAUUGCCUCCUGUGUACAGGGCAACAUGGUCCUUGGGCCAUCGCUGCGGAUUCCAAUUCUGCGAAUUGGCCACUGAAUCAGAGGCUCCAAGGCCUCCAAGGCCUGUCUAGGAAGUGGCAUUUUUAAGACUAGCUCUGGAGUGUGAGAGCAUCAGGUUAAAUUCUCUCUACUGUCUCCUCAGGAGGCCUGCCCAGGGAAACACUGAUGUCCAGACCCCUCUCAACCUUUGCCUAAGGUUCUGAGUGUCUCUUAGCUCCACCUUGGGCUCUUCUGGGUGUGCCAUCACCCCUUGGACUAGGGGACCCCAGAGACAGGUGCCCACCCUCUCUGUCCUCUGCCUUCCUAAACACAGAUCUUCUGGGUCUCCCUGGGUGUGGGGUGUCCUGGGAUGCUAGAGAGAGACAGUCUUCAGAAGUCGUAGUGUCUUCCUUUGUUUCCUUUUCUGUGUUCUUGGGAGAGCUCGGCCUCUCUUUCCCUGCCAUUCUAUUUCUGACUUUUCCAGAUAGUCCGGAAAUUCCAACGCUGCGUCACACCAGCCUUUGCUUUCCUGCUCCUAUCUUACCCAGAAUGCACUAGGUGUGGGCUGGCACCGACGCCGCCGCAGUGACCAUGGAUCCUGGAGCUGGCUCUGACUCAUCUCUGACUGUGAAUGAGCAGGUCAUUGUGAUGUCAAGCCAUGAGACCAUCCGAGUGUUGGAAGUCGGAGUGGAUGCUCAGCUCCCGGCUGAGGAGGAGAGCAAAGGACUGGAGAGUGUGGCCGCUGAUGGCACCCAGAGUGGAGGCUCUACUGAAGCCAGUGAACCUGGUGGUGAAGCUGGGCCGCACGACCCAGACCGUUCUGCAGAAACAACUGUGAAGUCUCUCCCCGGGAUCCCUCCAAGUCCUGCCCCAGCCAUCGCCACCUUCAGCCAAGCCCCAAGCCAGCCUCAAGCAUCACAGACCCUGACGCCACUGGCUGUACAAGCUGCCCCCCAGGUCUUGACUCAGGAAAACUUAGCCACAGUUCUGACAGGAGUUGUGGUUCCGGCAGGGGCGGUUACUCAACCUCUUCUUAUCCCCAUCAGUAUUGCAGGUCAAGUGUCUGGGCAGCAGGGGCUGGCCGUGUGGACAAUCCCUACAGCAGCCGUGGCUGCCCUCCCCGGACUGGCCGCUGCUUCUCCUACGGGGGCAGUCUUCAAGCCGCCUUUAGCUGGGCUCCAAGCCGCCGUGCUGAACACCGCCCUCCCGACACCUGUACAAGCUGCCCCACCGGUCCAGGCCUCCUCGCCCGCCCAGCCCCGGCCACCAGCUCAGCCCCAGACGCUGUUCCAGACCCAGCCGCUGCUACAGACCACGCCUGCCAUACUCCCACAGCCCACUGCCGCCACUGUCGCCGCCCCCACCCCAAAGCCAGUGGACACCACCCCGCAGAUCACCGUCCAGCCCGCAGGCUUCGCGUUUAGCCCGGGGAUCAUCAGUGCUGCUUCCCUCGGGGGACAGACCCAGAUCCUGGGCUCCCUCACUACAGCUCCAGUCAUUACCAACGCCAUUCCCAGCAUGCCGGGGAUCAGCAGUCAGAUCCUCACCAAUGCUCAGGGACAGGUUAUUGGAGCACUUCCAUGGGUAGUGAACUCGGCCAGUGUGGCCACACCAGCACCAGCACAGAGCCUGCAGGUCCAAGCCGUGACUCCCCAACUCUUGUUGAAUGCCCAGGGCCAAGUGAUCGCAACCCUAGCCAGCAGCCCCCUGCCUCAACCUAUGGCUGUCCGGAAGCCAAACACACCGGAGUCCCCUGCUAAGAGUGAGGUGCAGCCUAUCCAGCCGACACCAGCGGUACCCCAGCCUGCCAUGGUCGUCACCAGCCCGGCCUCAGGCAUCAAGCCAUCGGCUUCGGCUCCCAUCCCCAUCACCUGCUCAGAGACCCCAACUGUCAGUCAGUUGGUAUCGAAGCCUCACACUCCAAGCCUGGAUGAGGACGGGAUCAACUUGGAGGAGAUCCGGGAGUUUGCCAAGAAUUUUAAGAUCCGGCGGCUCUCCCUAGGUCUUACACAGACCCAGGUGGGCCAGGCUUUGACUGCGACAGAAGGUCCAGCCUACAGCCAAUCGGCCAUCUGCCGGUUUGAGAAGUUGGACAUCACACCCAAGAGUGCCCAGAAACUGAAGCCAGUUCUGGAGAAGUGGUUGAAUGAGGCGGAGCUCCGGAACCAGGAAGGCCAGCAGAAUCUGAUGGAGUUUGUGGGCGGCGAGCCCUCCAAGAAACGCAAGCGGCGCACCUCCUUCACACCGCAGGCCAUAGAGGCUCUCAAUGCCUACUUUGAGAAGAACCCCCUGCCCACCGGCCAGGAGAUCACCGAGAUCGCUAAGGAGCUCAACUAUGACCGUGAGGUGGUACGGGUCUGGUUCUGUAAUCGACGCCAGACACUCAAAAACACCAGCAAGCUGAACGUCUUUCAGAUCCCCUAGGGCUUCGUCUCAGCCCUUGUUCCAGCACUUUCUACUCUCCCCUCAGCUACCGGCUGCCGUGGCUGCAGUGACAGUCCCGUGUGCAGCUGUGCGCAGCUGUGCUUGCCCUGGGUCAUGAGACCUCACCUGUGCAUGUGUGUCAAUGCCUGCCUCUUCCGCCCACAUAUGUCACACCCUGGGGAGGCCCAAAGGGCUGCAUGAGAGACCUAGGCUCUGGGCUGGGCACAUGGAAGGAGGGGAUUUGUGAUGUCCUUUCAAAAAGCACUUUGCCAACAUGGUUUCUGAAGGGUGAAUUCUGGUUGGGAACCAGAAAGGCUCUGUCUUUGGGACAGGGCUGUAGCAACUCUUGGGGACCACUGUGCGUUAGCUCUUGUUUUUGGUGGCACUCACCACCCCUUGCCCUUGGCUCCUCUGUGGCUGUCCCAGUAUGACAGCUCACCCAGUGAGAUCUCAGCCUCACACUGCCCUCCUUUACUUUGUACACGGGCACAUUGAACCCUUUAAAGGACCAAGGAGAUGAAAUUCAGAGACGUGUGAUUCACUGUCUGCCUUGACCUCAAGGGCGGAAGGUCCCCGAAGCUGUGAGGUCAGGUACCAUGAGGUCCCUCCCGGGGUCCUGGGGGUGGCGGGUGUGCACGAAGCAGAACCUUUUCCUCUGCAAACCAAGUUGGAAGGGAGGCACAGCGAACUCUCCCAUCCUGGAGAGUCUUGGGUCUGUUGUAGGUCUGGAAUUCAGUAAAUAAGGCCAUCCGCCCAGGUUUCAAUCUAACCUUCCUCCGUGGCUGUCCCCCAACGAAAGCUCUCUAAAGAGAGCUCUCAGCUUGGGGACAUUUCCACUUCCGCAGGCAGCUGCAGGGGGCACGGAUACCGGCUUUCUCCCUCUCUCUUAUGCCCAUACCCGUCUCAGUCCAGUACUGAAGUCUCUUUAAAGGAGCAAACUGAAUGAUAAGCCAGACAGCAAGGGGCUGGAGUCUGGAGGGGGACAGGAUCCAGAAAGCUGGUGGCCCAGGAAGAUCUCGCCGAGGCUGACUUACCUCUAGUUUCCUCUGUGACUUUAAGUCUUGGAUGUUGGUUUCCUCUCACUCUGUCCGAUUGAAGACCAAGUCUGUGUGUGAGCAACUCCUAUCCCCACGCCCCUGCAAUGCUCCUGAGCCCUGAGGGCCCCAGGUCGGGAUGGACUUUGCCUCUGUAGGUGAAGGCAUGCUGAGGGCUGGCAUCAUAUCCAAGUCACUCAGUGAGCUUCCGGCCACAGGGAGGCUGGCCAGCCUUUUCGCUUCAGUGUGUCAGCUGGGGAAUGUAGCUCAGCGACAGAGAACUUAGCAUGUGCAAGGCUCCAGAUCAGUUUCUAGCACUGAGGAGGGGGGUGGGGGUGGGAAUCAGUAUUUGGUUUCAGGAAGCCAGGAAAGAGCUAAGAUGUUUGCCCGAAUGACCCCAGACUUGCUGUGUAGACUGUCCCUGACAGGCUACAAGCUGCAGGGGUUGACCAUUUAACCACUUUUGGUUUGGUUUGCUAUUUUGUUUUUUGAGAUAGAAUCUCACUUAGCCCAGGCUGACUUCAAACUUGUCGUUGAAAAUGACCUUGAACUCCUGAUCCUCCUGUCUCCACAUCCCAAAUGCUGGGAUGACAGUCAUGUACCACCGUGCCUGGCUCUUCUCUACUCUUAGCCUUACAGAGCCUGCUCUCCAGCUGAUGCCCACCCUGUACCUCCUGUGAUCUGCUUGAGGAGGUGACAGUUAAACAAAGACACUCCGGUCACAGUGCGGACACCGGGGCCUAGCUUCCUCUCUGACACUCUGUUUCCUUUCCUGAUGACGGCGAGUCCUCUUGGGUCCUGCAGUGGCUGUGUGGAGGACCUCCUGGUGGCGCUGACCGUGAGAUGGGGACAGUUGUGUGCUGAAUCAACACACACACACACACACACACACACACACACACACACACACACACACACACACACUUCACUGCAUUCAAAUCAACCAAACCUGCUGGAGUCUGUCGGGAACAAGGAGGCAGGUGGGCAGCUUUCCUGACUUGCCUACCAGGACAGACUGCCCCAGAGGGAGAAGCGCCGUAUCCUAGAUUGUGUUUGUCAACCUGCUCCCAUGAGACGGGCAGCCAGGAGGGGGCACUGUAUGUGAGUUUUCAGUAGGGAUGCUUACAUCCUGGGGCUUAUCAAAGUGACUCAUCGGAGGAAUUAUAUGCAGCUUUUCUUGCUCAAAACCUCCACGCAGGAAUGCUUUUUUGUGUAUGGGUAGCAUGUAAUAUGAAGUGUGGCCAUGCUGUGAACAUACAAGAGGAUACCAUCUGUUCUGUGGCAUGACAGGAAACAAAAAAAAAUCGCAAAUCACUGAUCUAAAUUAAGCCUGGCUGUGCCAUGCUAGAGUAAACCAUUUUCGCCUGCGUAGGAAAGACACAUUGGUCAUUCAGAAGAACAGUACGUGCGAGAGCCCGGAUGUUUACAGGAUCUCUCAAAGGGGGUGGGGGUGCAAGGUAUGCAUAAAGUGUACCCAAACUAUAGUUCACUUUGGUCUGUGAACUCUGCCUCUCUCUGCUCCCCCAACCUGAGCCACUAAUCUAUCUACAAGGCAGUUUUUGUUAUUGUUGGAGGUUGGGUGGCAUUGGGCUCUAAAAAAGAACUAAUAGUUUUAUUUUGAAAGCACCUUCCUGGACUUAAGCCUGUGCCCAAUGGCUUUUUUUUUUUUUUUUUUUUUUUUUUUUUUUUUUUUGCCCUGAAAGAUAGGAGAAUGGGCAGAAAUCGGUUAACUGUGGUUGGUUAGUUUUAAGUGAUGGCAAACUAGGACUGUCUAUGGCCCACUGAAUCAGCUGGGCCCUUUGACCCUGCGCUAACUAUGGAUUUUAUCCAAGCAAAGUCCAGAGAAGAAACUGGUCACAUGAACUGUAAACGCACUUGAGUUUGGAAUGAGAAGGCCUGAUGUGUUUGUGUUCUUGAAAAUCCAGUCACCUUCCUAUGCCCAGGGUUCCCUCCCUGCCUCCUCGGCCAGAAUCCGGCCUUGAAGUCCUGAUGGUCUCCCAGCAUGGGGCACUGCCCCCCCACCCAAGCUGUGGAGGAGGACAGGAGAAGCACUUGAUGCAGUUGUGUGAAUAAACAGUAUUUUUUCUUU